UACCCGACGUCAGCUGCCAAAAGCCCCAACCCAAUUCCUGGAACGUUGUAACGAAAAAGUAGGCGCUCAGUCCAACACUCUUCUCUCCAGAGGGGAUUAUUACCAAGCACGAGGGGUUUUCUCUCUCACCUAGCAAAACGGUGUCCUCAUCCAAAACGCUAGAAAGGGGUCAUCUCCCUCUCUCUCAACAGCGCGCACCAAAACCCUAGCAAAGGGUCUCUUUGGGUCUUAGCUAAGGCUCCUCUUAUACUCCAAAUCUCUCAACAGACUCAGGGGCCUCAAAUCACAAUAUAAUCUCCUCCAACAUGGCAUGGCUGCAGCAACAACAUAUAUCCUCACCUUCUCCUCUUUGGAUUUGACUAAAGGAGAGCUGAAACUGAAGUUGAUUUGGUUCAGAUAUGUUGACUUUCCCAAAUUUUCAGUAACUCAAGAUUUUGAAGGCCAUCAUUGAAGGAGAUCAUGACUCACUACCACCACCAACUUCAAAGUGUAGUAUCGGCACCAUAGAGUUGGAGUUUUGGGCAGUUGGGCUAUAAAUCAUUUGCAUCUGUCUGUGUUAAUAAGUAGUGAAGAAUGGGAUCAAAGCUGAGAUUGUGUCCUGCUCCCCUCCCUGCAUCCGCUUACAGAGUGGUGGAUACCUCUUGGGAGACGGAUGAAGAUUCCCCUGGCCCACGCUGUGGUCACACUCUCACCCCUGUCUCUACCCCUUCGAAUUCUUCUUCUAGUUCUGGUUCCCAUCAUUAUGUUGGGCCUCGGUUGAUCCUCUUUGGUGGAGCAACUGCCAUCGAGAUGUCCUCUACUGGUGCUGGCAUAAGAUUGGCUGGUGUUACUAAUUCAGUUCACUCCUAUGAUGUCCUCACUCGGAAAUGGACCAGGCUGCAGCCUUCAGGAGAACCUCCAUCUCCGCGUGCAGCACAUGCAGCUGCUGCUGUUGGUACCAUGGUCGUCAUCCAGGGAGGGAUAGGGCCAGCAGGGCAUUCCACUGAUGAUAUCUAUGUGCUUGAUAUCACAAGCGCUAAGUCUCGGUGGCACAGAGUGGUGGUUCAAGGCCCAGGUCCAGGACCCCGUUAUGGCCACGCAAUGGAUCUGGUAUUUCAGCGGUACCUUGUGGCUGUCAGUGGGAAUGACGUGUUUGUUUGGGGAGCACUUUUUUUAGGCAGACGGGUGCUGUCUGAUGCAUGGGUUUUAGAUACAACACAAAAACCAUACCAAUGGCAGAGGCUCAACCCAGAAGGAGACAGACCGUUUGCUAGAAUGUAUGCAACUGUUAGCGCACGCUCAGAUGGCAUGCUAUUGCUCUGUGGUGGAAGGGACUCCUCUUGCCUGGUCAGAUCAUUCUACAGUUAUUUCACUUACAAUAAAUGUUAUUCCAUGCCUAUUGCCUAGUUCAAUCGACUAUUAAAAGAUCUCUAAUUGUUUACUUUCCUCUACUACCUGUAAUUUUGUUUUAAGUUGCUACCCAUGAAAAAUAGAACUGAGUAACCUCUUUACUGCAACCAUUGGCAUUGUCCUUUUCUUUUUCUUUUUUGGCUUUUUUUGCUUUUGAAAAAUAAUUAAGACCCUAAUGGUAUCAUACUAGCUGAUGUUAUUUAUUAUUCAAUCUGAUUCAAACCAAUAUAACACCUAUGCAUACAUAAGAAGCGUAUGGGUAGAUACUUUAUAAUGAAGAGAUCUGAUCACAGCUUUGAUUAUCGAAUUCAAAGGCCUUUUCUUUACAUUCAGUGUACUCUACAGAUAGAGGAGUACACCGAGUUGGACGUAUUGGCUAUUUCUUGGGGUUUGUGGCUUUAAGGGCUUGAGACCAUAUCAUUUACAUUUAUAGUGGAUUAUACACUUUAGUGGGAGUGUGUGGUAUUUUGAUUGACCAAGGGUCUAUGGCCCUAGUCAUAUCUAAAACCCUUACCCCUGGGCAUGUAGCACAACCGAAAAGGAUUUUCAGAGGGUCAUCCCUUGUUGAGGUCGGAGAGAUGCCCAAGGAUGGAUUGUAAUCCAGGAGAUCCGUGUGGUUUCCUGAGUGUGGAUGUGGGCCUAGGAGAGUGAUUGCUAAAAGGAUGGAUGGUGAAGGAGUUUGCCAAGUUAUGUGUAAUGUAAUAGGCAUAGGAGAGGGCAUGUUAGGUAUGCUUGAGAGAAAGAUUAUAAUGGGGGAUGAGAGUGUGUGAGGGAGAGUUUGUAAGUCUUUCAAAGGCCAAGUGGGAGAUGUUGGUGUUAUGUGGCCAUUUAAAGACCUUAUGAGAGCACGUACAACUAUGAUUAUAGUGGUGUGAUAGAUCCAAUGGGAGCGUAGUUCGGAUUGUCUGAUUGGCAUGGUCUAGGGUGGACUAUAAGGCAUCGCUGAUGCCGUGACUCACCUAAGUUUUGAAGGGCUGUCACUCAGGUUGAUGUCUAAAAACCUGUAGCCUUUGGCAUUUGUGCACAACUGAGCGGCUAGGCCGGUGCCUAGAACCUCGGACACCGUGUAGUGAAAAACCUUCAGAUAUAUGUAUAUAGGUGUUGUCCAAAUGCACAUAUAUGCAUAUAUUUGUGUUAAUUUUGUAAUCUUUUGCAUUUAUAUGUAUUGUAACUAACUUUUUUCAUACAAACAUCUCGCAUGUUAAGAAUAAACAUGUUCAAAACUCCAAAUUGUAGAAAAUUUAGUGAAAAAAACGUAAGAAGGUCCAUAGUAUAUUAUUGUAGUGGUCUCCAACUCCCCAUAUUCCAGAAUCACAUAGACUCAGCUUUUAACAAACUUACGAAAGUAUAAAACUAAUAGUCUAAAAAGGAAAAAACUCCAAAAUCCAAAAUCCAAAUGUUCGAAGCAAGAUGGUGUAAUAAAGAUGAAAUACAAAAGGAGAGAGGACAUCUUCAUUUCUGCAAUCAUCAUUAUCCAGAAUUAGAAUCAUCACCAUCAUCACUGGCAUCUUCUUCUGAAUUUGCCUCUUUCUCUAUCACCUUUGUCCCUGUAAAGUACCAGUAGUAGUUGUUGCUCGAGUGGCCCUGUCACACCACAAGAAAUUACAAUACAGAUAUUCUUGAGAUGUGACAAUCCAAAACAUAUAUUCAUCUCUUGAUAGAACAAAUUU